CCCCUCACACGACGGACCGGCCUGCCUCGGCUCAUCGAGAGGAUAGAGAUGCGCGGCUGUUUGCUGAAGCGCCUGCUCUCUUUUUUUUGUACCUACCGUCACAUAGAAACAACGGUCACCGGGCAGUUUAUUUAACGUUUACUGGGAUGUCGCUACUAUGCACGUUUGACCGGUUAACAAGACGUUCUGCGCACUACAAAGGCGGUUCAGUCAGCGACUAGCCGAUGUUAGCUCAUAGUAACUAGCAUGCUAACAACACACAACCGGUGAGGACGCGAGCACAUCCUAGCGCAGCCAUACUUCGGGCUAAUCUCCGCCGACUCGCUCAGUUGGUUACGUGAGGUGUUUAGUGGUAGUUAUAUAUUUGUAACCUAAGCGGUCACCACUCAUGACUAGGCCAACUGAAGCACCGUUUAAUGCAUAAUAGUUGGGUCGUUGGUUGCAUGUUUCUCAUACAAGGAUGUGGUGGUAGGUAGCAAAAAACAAGCUAACUAGUCUCUGUGAAGAAGUGAGGAAACACUUCAGCCAAGCGGGAGUUCUCUCUUUUGUUGUUGUUGUUGUUAAUUGUAAUUGCGAGGUGGAUGACGCAACCUGACAAUCCUUGAACUGAAACUGGGAAUAUCGCUAAACAGGUCGAAGGGAUUAUUUUUGGUGUCUCUUAAGUGGAUUUCGGCCUCCCGUUCAGGAUCGUUGUGAGAACACUGAGUGUUUUUGACAUUGAGUGAGAGCCCACACUCUCCACGAUAAAGACUACAUCUCUCUCUCUCUCUCUCUCUCUCUCCCCCGCCGACCUUCAUUCACCCUCCGAUGCGGGGUUUUCAGUAGCAACCGGCAACCAAAUCGGUCAUGCUGAAGUGUAUCCCCCUGUGGCGAUGCAACCGCCACGUCGAGUCGGUGGACAAGCGACAUUGCAACUUGCAGACGGUCCCCGACGAGGUGUUCCGCUACAGCCGCAGCCUGGAAGAGCUUCUCCUCGAUGCCAACCAACUCAAAGAGCUGCCAAAGCCUUUCUUCAGACUACUAAACCUACGGAAGCUCGGCCUGAGUGACAAUGAGAUCCAGAGACUCCCUCCUGAGGUGGCCAACUUCAUGCAGCUGGUGGAGCUGGACAUCUCCAGAAAUGAAAUUCCUGAGAUCCCCGAGAGCAUUAAGUUUUGCAAGGCCCUGGAGAUCGCAGACUUCAGUGGGAACCCACUGUCCAGAUUGCCGGAUGGUUUCACUCAACUCCGAGCGCUGGCUCACUUGGCACUCAACGACGUGUCAUUGCAGACGUUGCCCAACGACAUUGGAAACCUGGCCAAUCUGGUGACGUUGGAGCUCAGGGAGAACCUGCUGAAGUCUCUGCCAACGUCACUCUCUUUCCUGGUCAAACUGGAACAGCUGGACCUGGGCAGCAAUGAACUGGAAGUUUUGCCGGACACCCUCGGUGCUCUCCCCAACCUCAGGGAGCUAUGGCUGGACCGCAACCAGUUGUCCUCAUUACCACCAGAGCUGGGGAACCUCCGGAGACUGGUGUGUCUGGAUGUGUCUGAGAAUCGUCUGGAGGAGCUUCCCUCAGAGCUCAACGGCCUCCUGGCUCUCACCGACCUGCUGCUCACACAGAACCUGCUGGAGGUCAUCCCGGACAGCAUAGGCUGUCUGAAACAGCUGUCCAUCCUGAAGGUGGACCAGAACAGACUGACCGACCUGACUGAUUCAAUAGGCGAGUGUGAAAACCUCACAGAACUCAUCUUGACAGAGAACCUUUUACAGUCACUUCCUCGCUCGCUGGGCAAGCUGAAGAAGCUGACCAACCUGAAUGUAGACCGCAACCGCUUGGGCGGCGUGCCCAAAGAGCUGGGCGGCUGUGCCAGCCUCAACGUCCUCUCGCUGAGAGACAACCACCUGGAAAAACUGCCCGCUGAGCUCGCAGAUGCCACCGAGCUGCAUGUGCUAGAUGUGGCCGGAAACAAAUUACAAAACCUGCCUUUUGCCCUGACAAACCUCAACCUGAAGGCCAUGUGGCUCGCAGAGAACCAGUCCCAGCCAAUGCUCAAGUUCCAGACGGAGGAUGAUGAGCACACAGGAGAGAAGGUGCUGACCUGCUAUUUACUGCCCCAGCAGCCUUCUCCAAGCCUCGAGAACUUGCUGCAGAACAGUGUGGAUGACAGUUGGACGGACAGCAACCUGAACCGAGUGUCGGUCAUUCAGUUCCAGGAAGAGACCAAGGCUGAGGAGGAGGACGAUGAGGCUGCUGCGGAGCGCAGAGGCCUUCAGCGCAGAGCCACACCACACCCUAGUGAGCUGAAGGUGAUGAAGAAGGUGAUUGAGGAGAGGAGGAAUGAAGCGUACACAUCCAGACCUGAUGGAGAAGAAGAGUCCCCUGAUCAACGGGAGAAGCGGCUCAGUGACCUGUCCAAUCAGAGCCAUGACUCCCAGGUGUCCAAUAGCACACUGUCGGCCACUUCGCACGAGGGCCGACAAAAUGUGACGGCGGCCUCGCAGAGGGAGGACCUCGUCGACGGCCACUACCCUCAGGAUGAGAUGGAGCUGGAUGAGAUAGAGGUGGAAUACAUUGAGCCCUCUGUGCACUUUGCAGAGGAGCCUAUGAUCCGUGGUUUGGAUGAGGACGACGAUGAGGACGGUGAGAGGAGUGACGAGGAAGAGAGGCCGGUUAUUCCCUACGAGAAGCAGCGUCUGAUCAGAAAGGACACGCCGCACUACAAGAAGCACUUCAAGAUCAACAAGCUGCCCAAACCCGAGGCGGUGGCGGCGCUGCUGCAGGGCUUCAGCCCCGACGGCCUGAACUCUCCGACACAGGCUCCUGAGGACGAGCAGCAUGAUGAAGAGGAAGAGGAAGAGCAAAGUUUAUGCACCCCUCAACCCCAUCUCAGGAUGGAGGAGCUCGAAGACAGCCGGCUCCAGGUCAACUCCAGUCAAGUAAAGGGGGUGUCAUUUGAUCAAGUCAAUAAUCUGCUGAUUGAACCUGCUCGAAUUGAGGAGGAAGAGCACAACCUGACCAUCAUGCGACAAACUGGCGGCCUGGGAAUCAGCAUUGCUGGAGGGAAAGGAUCCACACCUUACAAGGGGGAUGAUGAGGGAAUCUUCAUCUCCAGAGUAUCUGAAGAGGGUCCUGCAGCCAGAGCAGGUGUUAAAGUGGGAGACAAACUCCUAGAGGUGAAUGGAGUGGACCUCAACGAAGCAGAACACCACACAGCGGUCGAAGCUCUUCGUAGCUCCGGUGCCACGGUCUCCAUGUCGGUGCUGCGGGAGCGAAUGGUGGAGCCAGAGAACGCCAUCACGACCACGCCGCUGAGGCCGGAGGACGACUACUUCCCGCGGGAGAGACGGAGCAGCGGCAUCGCCUUCAACAUGGAGCCGGCUCCCAGCGGGCCUCUCCAGCGGUUCUCCACCUGCCUGAUCCGAAACGACAAGGGGCUGGGAUUCAGCAUCGCCGGGGGCAAAGGCUCCACGGCCUUCCGCACAACAGACACGGGAAUCUACAUCUCUCGGAUUGCAGAAGGAGGAGCAGCGCACAGAGAAGGCACGCUGCAUGUAGGCGACAGGGUGAUGUCUAUCAAUGGUGUAGACAUGACAGAGGCCAGGCAUGACCAGGCAGUAGCGCUCCUUACCGGCACCUCCCCCACCAUCUCCCUCCUGGUGGAGCGAGACCCCAAUGCACCAGGGGGCUCUCCGGGUCAAUCCCGGGCACGAGCCCACUCCCCUCCACCCCCAGAGCCCUCAGAUUCACCAGACCAGGAGGAGGACGGCCUCAACAUGCAAGGGAACAACCUGAGCCGGAUGGAGGACGAGUAUCCCAUCGAGGAAGUAACCCUGCUGAAGUCAGGUGGCCCUCUAGGCCUGAGCAUCGUGGGAGGCAGUGAUCACGCCAGUCACCCGUUCGGCAUCAAUGAACCAGGAGUGUUUAUCUCAAAGGUGAUUCCUCACGGUCUGGCAUGUGAAAGUGGACUGCGUGUCGGGGACCGGAUUUUAGAAGUGAACGCCAUCGACCUGCGUCACGCUACGCACCAGGAGGCGGUGCGAGCGCUGCUGGCCAACAAGCAGGAGAUCCGUAUGUUGGUGCGGAGGGACCCUUCACCGCCUGGGAUGCAGGAAAUUGUGAUCCAGAAGCAGCCAGGGGAGAAGCUUGGCAUCAGUAUUCGUGGAGGAGCCAAGGGUCAUGCAGGAAACCCCUUUGAUGCCACAGAUGAGGGCAUCUUCAUCUCCAAGGUGAGUUUGAGCGGUGCAGCAGCGAGAGACAGCCGACUGCAGGUUGGCAUGCGAAUCCUGGAGGUGAACAACCACAGCCUGCUGGGGAUGACGCACACAGAGGCGGUGCGAGUGCUUCGAGCUGUGGGAGACUCUCUGGUCAUGCUGAUGUGUGACGGCUUCGACCCACAAAAGGUGGCUGCCGUGGAGGCGUCUCCCGGCAUCAUUGCCAACCCAUUCGCUUCCGGCAUCGUCCGUAAGAACAGUAUGGAAAGCAUCUCUUCUAUAGACCGAGACCUGAGCCCAGAGGAGAUGGAAAUCAUGCAGAAGGAGUCUGAGAUGGUGAGAGAGACGUCGCAGUGGGAGCGAGAAGAGAUGGAGAAAGUGGAGCGUAUGCGCUUGGAGCGCGAGGAGGCAACUCGCCUGCUAGAAGAGGAGACUGAGAACCUUGGAACUGGACCUCUAAAACUUGACUAUAAGACCCUGGCGGCUCUGCCCACCACCAGCCUGCAGAAGCUCAACAGGUUGUCUACCUCUGAAAGUCUGACUGCUUCCAUGGAGGCCCCCCUGCAGGCCCAGUACGGAGCCCCUUUAGAGCCUCUGGGCUUUGGCUUAAUCCACCCCGCGAACCCCCUCGACCACACGGACCCCGAGUCCUGCCCCUGUCUGAACACGGAGCACGAUUACCUUCAUGACCCCCAGUUCUCCCCAAAUGGGACCUCCACUGCCGACAGUGCUGGCUCAUCAACAACCCUUAAUUCAUUUGUACCUGAAGAAGAGGAAAGCCUGGUGGACUCUCAGCCCAUCUGCUUCAAAGAGAACCCGUUCUUGGUGGCCAAUCGCAGAGGAAAGGGUCGUCCGGCCGGACAGCAGGUCCUGUCGGGGCCCCCGGUGGGCUACGGGAAGCAAGGCCAGCUGCAGCCCUGGUUGUUCAACAAGGCACCUUCUGAUUUCACCAGGACUGAGAGCCCGAUCAGAGAAGCACCGUACUCUCCCACGAUCCAACCGCCCAGCAACCACUCUUCCAACAGCUCCCUGUAUGCAGGCAGGGAGACCCGCUUCGCAAACCUUCAUUACACCUCCACUCCUACUGCCAACACUGACCACAUUUCUUCAUCAACUCGACCGGGUGCCAUCCAGCCAGUCGGGCGCGUGCGGCAGAGUACCUCCCCCGCCACGCCGGACAGCCACAGUCCUAACCCCUUCCAGCAUGGCCCCUCCCCCUUCGACUCCCAGACCUCUGUAAGACCCCCCCCCCCCACCUCGCCCGACGAGUUCCCCAUGAAUGUCAAGCAGGCAUACAAGGCGUUUGCCGCCGUGCCUCGCUCACUGGCAGUGCUGGAGCCGCCGCAGGACCUGUAUGGUGUGAGGAACAAUUUUCACCCAAAGCAACCGUCUCCAGAGAGUCCUUCUCCUGGUGGUAAAUCCAGCCCAGAGCAGCGCUCCUUCAGGGACAGACAGAAGUACUUUGAGAUCGACGUGAAGCAGCAGACUCCAGAGAAACCCAAACCUCGUGUGUCUCUUGUUGGAGAAGAUGACCUCAAGAAAAUGAGGGAGGAAGAAGAGAGGAAGUUUGAGCAACGGGCGCGGGAGUACCUGCUGGAUGAGGACGAGGAUGACGACGAAGAGGACCUGGCUAAGCAGGUGGCGCAGAUGAAGGCAACCGGCAAAGUGUUGCUGGAUGGAGUAGAGUACAACGUGGAGCCAGUAAACAGCCCGUCGCAGCACUGCGCCACGCCGCCGAGCUACAACGCCACGCCACCGAGCUACGGCGGCAGCUCGGGGCCUUCGUCUGUUGACGGUAAGGGAGAGUCUCAGAGGAAUUCACUGGAGGACAGGCCCAACUCCAUGACCGGUCUGAUCCCGGCGUACUCCGCAGACUCGGCGGCUCCCAUCCGCACGGCCAAAGCAGAGCGCCGACACCAGGAGAGGCUCCGCAUGCAGAGCCCCGAGCUGUCUGUGGCCCCCGACAAGGACCUGUCCCCCGCUGAGAAACGAGCUCUGGAGGCUGAGAAGAGAGCCAUGUGGAGGGCAGCACGGCCCUGUGGCCUAGAGGAGGAUGUUAGGCAGUAUGAGCAGGACCUGGCUAAGAGGCUCUACCGGGCCAGAGUGAGGGCGUCUCAGGCCGAGCCCCCCACCUCUUCCUCCUCCUCCUCCUCUGCAGCAGCCUCCCAGCUCAGAAUGAAGUCUCUCGAGCAAGAUGCACUGAAAGCACAGAUGGUCAUCGCCAAGUCUCGCGACGGAAAGAAGCGCGGCACAAUGGACCAGCUGACGGAGUCGCCGUCGCCCGCCCCCACACCCUCUCCCACGCCUAUGGAAGAGCUCAGUCCUCGAGGAGUAACCUCUCCGGGACGGCUGUCCCUGUCGUCAAAGAAGUUUGACUACCGACAGUUUGCUGCCAUUCCUUCUUCCAAACCCGUAUACGACAUCCAGACCCCAGAAGCAGGUGAUGACCUGCAGUUCAUCGACGACGGCUCCAGCAACCCAGUGCCCGCUGGCAGCCCCGAGGUCGAGGCGCCCAGCCCGCCGCCUGCCACCUCAGCCCUGGAGGAGAUGGCUCUGUACAGCAACAAGCGCAAACUGAGGCAGGGCCGCCGCAGCCUGGAGACGGCCGUGCCCACGUAACACCUCCCACCGAGAGGAGAAAGCCGAAGACACACAUUUAGAUGCGCUGCGGACCACAGGAGGAGCAGAGUCACUAAGCACUACAAAGUGUCAGUAGAGCGAGGUUUACUCUCCCAUAUAUAACCACUGCAGAGACUACGGCGCUGAUAGUCACCACACACUCACUUAUAUCCUGCGUGCCAGUCUGUGGAUGAGAGCUAGUGUGGUUAGCUAGGAUUGCUACUUAAAUAUCUCUUUUUAGUUGUUGUACACAAGUUUAUCAAGUAGAAGCUGAGCUAUUUUUUAAAAGGAGGUGACUGAAGUUUAGUUUAUUUUUCGCACCUCCAAUGAUUUUGCUGUUAAAAAAAGAACCACAUACUGGAAGAGAAAAGAAAUGGGUCAUAGCUAUACUAACUUCUUGAAUGAUAUUUUUAGGCUUUCAGUGAAAAGAGGUCAGGGGUUUGUGUAAAUAUUAAUGAGGAGGGAACAUCCUGCUACCUUCACAGUCACAAAAUGUGGAGCUUUUAAAAAAAAACGAAAAAAAAAAAAAACGUACAUAUCUUUUUUUGCACUGCGUAUCUUAAAUAAUUUAUUGUUUUAUUCAAAUUGAAGUCCUAUUUUAACCCCUCCGGUCCUUUUGGGCACGACUGAUGCUAAUCUGAAUUUACCUUUUAAACUAAUGAAUAUCACUUUAUGUGCACACUCACAACAGACGUGUUUAAAGAGAAGCAUAUCUACAAACUAGAUUGCUUGGACAAAGUAUCUUUGUUAGAGAAUGUGUACGCUGGAGGCUGCAGCUUAGAAACGGAUCACAAUAUCAAAGUUUGGAAACACAUUUUUAGUAAUAUUUUAUAAUUGACGGUACUCACCCUGACAUGUUAAGGGUAUUAUCAAUGUGAAUCAUUCUAUCCUUGAAUUAUCUGGAGGUGAUCCAGAGUGACGUGAAGGUAGCAGAUGUUUUAUUUAAAUCUGACACUGAAAAAAUCAUUUAUUAUUGUGUGAAUAUUGUACAAAUACCGAAAGGAAAGCAAACUUUGGGUUUGAAACUGAGCCAGUCUUGAACCGAGACCAAGCGAGUGUCUGGACUGCUGACUCAUCCGUUUGGACCGGCUUAGUAUUGGGAUGCUCUCUGCGUGUAUAUUGGUUUGUUAAUGGGAGAGGCUGAACCAAUGAGAAAUCCCUCUCAAGACAUUCUCAUUCAAUUCAUUGCUUAACAUACUGUCGGUUUAUGUAUUUGGGUAUUUUCACAGAAUCACAGGAUAGUAGCAUUUGUGUUAAUUUAAUGUAAGGUCUUCUAAUGAUAGCUUUCCAUGUUCUCACUGACUGAAAUUCAGUUUGUUUGAUUACAUUCACAAUGGCUGAUAUCUCCUUUUUUUUUUUUAAACUUACACUAGGUAAAUCUCCUUUUUCCAGAUGGGUUUCACUACAUUAUUCAUGCAGUGUUUAAGUUUAUUCUUUCGUCUCGAGUUCUCUUUGGGGGAAUUUACUUGCAAAUAUGUCGGAGGGAAAGGGUCAGAAGUCCUAGGGUUAAGGGGUAGAGCUCAUACAAGACUGUAACUAGUGAAUUUGUACAACCAAAGAAGUCUAUUUUGUGGUUCAGGAAUAAUAAAUUUUACUUUUCAUUUAAGAAGCUGAUUUA